AUGCAGAUCAAGAGCUUCAUCCUCGCCGCUUCGGCCGCUGCCACUGCCUCCGCCGCCGCCUGCUCUGCCCCUACCAACAAGUACUUUGGCGUCGUCUCCAUCCACCCUGGCAGUGCCGUCCAGUAUCAGUCCUUUAACGCUGCCAAGAGCAGCAUCUUCGCUGGCCUCAACUCCCAGAACGCCACCUGUGACCGCCCCAACGAGAAGAGCGCCACUUUCUACAUCGACGACGGUUCCCUGUACCUCUAUGCCGCCUCUGCUACCCCCCAGGAGAUCUUCGUCGACCGCUCCGGCAUGGGCCAGGGUAAGAUCGGCUACACCACCGGCCCUCAGCCCGCCCCCAAGAACUCCGAGCGCAAGGGCUGGGCCAUCAACGACCAGAACCACCUCCAGUUUGCCGGCAAUGACCUGAUCGCCUGCCCCAACAGCAUCGACGGUGCCUGGAGCAUCUGGGCUGCCGGUGUUGCCAACCCCGCCGGCAACAAGGACUGCGUCGGCAUCGCUGCUCGCGUCGAGGAUGUUGCCAACCCUAACAGCUGUGUUUACACCCAGUAG